UAAAAAAUAUUCAGUAUGCAUGGUAGAGUAAAAGUUCGAACAACUGCAGAACAAGAAGCAAUUAAAAAAAAGGAAAAAGCUGAAAAACUUUCACGUUAUAAAGCUGGAAUGGGUAUUGUGUUUAAAAAAAGGAAAGAUAAGAUUUAUGAUGAAGAACUAAUGCUAGUUACUGAACGUAUGGUACUACAAAAUCCAGAUAUUUAUACUUUAUGGAAUAUUCGUAGAGAAGCAUUUAUAAAUAACAAUUGGGAAGAAAAGCUGUUAAAAGAAUUUUAUCAAAAUGAAUUAUUACUUACUGAAAAUUGUUUGAAACAAAAUCCUAAAUCUUAUUGGGUAUGGUAUCAACGAAUAUGGAUUAUGAACCAUUUAGUGGAAUGUGAUUGGAAAAAAGAAUUAAUGCUAUGCAAUAAAUGUUUAAAUUUGGAUGACAGAAAUUUUCAUUGUUGGAAUUAUAGAGAGUUUGUUGUACAGAAAGCAGGAAUUUCUCUUGAAGAAGAAUUUCAAUUUGCAACUUCAAAGAUUUUAAAUAAUUUUUCUAAUUAUUCCUCCUGGCAUUACAGAAGUCAAUUAUUAUCAAAAAUAUUUCAUAAUUCCAAUCAAAACGAUAUUUAUGAAAAAAAGAAAGAAGAAUUAGAUUUAGUAAUGAAUGCUACAUUCACAGAUCCUAAUGAUUCUAGUGCUUGGUUUUACCAAAGAUGGUUAUUAAAUACCCAUGAAUGUGUUCCCAUUCUUUCUCAAGCAUUAAUAAAAGAUAACAAUGUAAUUAUUUUUUCUAAUAAAAAUAUACCAAUUGAAUCAAUAUGUUUAUUAAUAAAUAAUGAAAAUAAAACUGUUGAAUGGAAAUCUUGGCAAGAAACAAAAAUGUCAAAAUUAUGGUUUGGAGAAUUUAAAAAGCAAAUGAAUCAAAUAAAAAAUAUUGAAAUUAAUAUUGAAGGAAUAUCUUAUCCUUUAUUCUAUAUCAAUCAGAAAUGGAUAUAUAGAAAAAAAAAAUAUAAAUGUUGCUCUAAUAAAGAUCAAUUAUUAGAACAAUUAUCAAGUUAUAAACAACUUAUAGAAAUGGAACCAACUAAUAAAUGGGCUUAUUUAACUAGUAUACUUUUAAUGAAAAAGAUUGAUUUUAUAAAAUUUUAUGAAAAUAUUUUAACAAAUUUAAAUAUUCUUAUUAAUAUCGAUUCUCUUCGUUUUAAUUAUUAUAAAGAUUUACAGAGCAAAUUUAUAAUUGAAUAUAAAAUAUAUGAAUUAUGGAAUAUAGAAGAAGAUCAGGAAAUAAAUUUAGAAAUUGAUCUUUCAGGAUUAAACUUAACCACACUUAAUAAUAAUGAAUAUCUCAGUUUCUUUGAACAAGUAAAUCUUAGUGCAAACUGUUUAUCAAAUUUAUUAAAUCAAUUAUCUUUAUUACAAAAUUGUAAAAAAUUAUCACUUUCAAGUAAUCAAUUGAAAAAUUUAAAAAUUCCUACAUUACAAAAUUUAGAAGUUUUGUCAUUAAGAAAUAAUAAAUUAAAUAAUUUAGAAGAAAUAUUACAAUUAUUAAAAAGACAUAAAUUGAAGUUGCUUGAUUUAAGAGAAAAUCCAAUUUGUAGUACCAUAGAAUUACAAGCUAGUAUUAUACAAAUCAAUCCAGAUUUACAAUUAUAUGUAAAAUAAUUUUUAUAAAUGCAUACAUGUGCAAUUAUUUAAUCUAUUGAAUAAUUGAAUAUUAUAGAUAUAUAAAAAAUAAAAUUGUAAAGUUGAUUAUGGAAUAAAUAAAAAUCCAUUAUU